AUGGCGAACCCCGCUAACCCAUUUGUGUACAGACUCCCAGAGGAGAUAUUACUGAAUACUGCUGAAUUCCUGCACGACUCCCGACCCGCGCUUCGAAACCUGUGCUUAGUCUCGAGCAAGCUGCGGCCAGCCGCACAACAGGUUCUACACUCCAAUGCGAUUCUGCAAGUCUCGUGCGGCCGCCAUCCAAAUGUCAAUGAUGCCAUUCGACUACUACGCACGCUUCUCGACCGCCCCGACCUUGCACCCAAAGUGAAAGCGCUCCGCUUCUCAACCGUACGAGAAGAUGUCGACCAGCUCUACGCUGAGAAGGGCUUCGAUCUGAGCGGCGUCCGCGAGGCGGCUCUGGCGAAACUCACCGAGCUCGGAUAUGGAAAGCCGCACCCGUGGUGGGCAUCAGUUCGGAACUCGAUUGAGUCAGCAUAUUGCGGCCUGCUCUUCUUACUCACCCCCAGACUCGAAGACCUUUGGUUCACCGUCAAAGACCAUCACCGCCUUCCGUACACGCCCGACCCGAUCUCCGCCUUCUUUGGCACAUCUUGCCCUCCCAAUGGGCCGGCGCUGGCAGUCGAGAGCAUUAAGCGCCUCACCACCGCAGAUCUGUCACUCUUCAGAUUUGGAAUGGAUUUUGCGAAUCUGACAUCCUUGCAUGUGAAGGAUUUCCACAUCGAAUCCGUGCUUCGCCUGAAUGGACCAAACAGCAUAAUAGGUGUGCCGAAGCUAAAGAACAUAUCCGUCGACACCUCGAUCCAGUUUCUUGACAAGGAGCGCAUGAUAAACAUGCGAUCAGAUUUCGGCAAUAUCUUUGCAGCUUUCGGGUGCACCGAUCUGGACUCCCUCAAAAUCAUGCUGUGCUUCGACGCUCAGCAUCACGAUACCAAAUUCGACGUCGCGUACUUCAUGAGCCAGCUACACAGCGUAUCAUCUACUCUCGUGUCUCUUGACAUUGACCUGGAUUUCGUCCACGAGGACGUCCACGUGUGGGAUUGGUUCCUUCGGAAUUGCGAAAACCCUAUCACGUCCUUCGCACAGUUCCCGGAGUUGCGUACCCUGAAGCUACCACAAGACUUUCUUUUCCGUAGACACCUAGGCGGUACUGGAAUCACCCCUGAAGAGCUGCCACCCAAGCUCGGCACACUUAGGAUAACCGCUCCUACCAGCGAUGUGGAGGAAUGGGGCCGUAACUUCCUCAACCGCGAGUUUCUGGAGGCCCCCCCGCUUUCCCUCACAUUGCGUUGCAAGGACGGAUUGAAUCGCCCAGCCCAGUAUUUCCUGGAGGAUCCCGCAGAAGUCUGGUCUCGGCUGUUUUACGAACGCGACAUCUAUAUGGCCGUACUGGAUCUUGACAAUGGCGUUACUGGGAGGCUGACGCAAGCGUAUGCCGCGUACGCUACUCGCACAGAUGUAGGGGAAGAGGAGGAUGAAAUUUCGAGCGAUGAGGAUUAG